AUGGCUCGCCGCAGCAACAAGUCCGGGCGCAAUGCCGAGGCUGGCAAGUCGUCAACAAUCACCAAGUACAACAUGGAACUGUCCAAGCAGCGCCUCGAGGAAAAGGGCUUCCAUCCUGCCGUCACGACCAAGUCUCACGACGAGCUCCUCAAUCUCGGCGGAGCAAUGAUGCAAAGGCACCGGCAUCGACCGACCCGGGACCAGUUCUUCAAGGGAGAGGGCGACACCAACAGAGCCGGCUUCGUCCAGCCCCGGCACCUCACCAGAGCAUUGCUAGUUAUCAAUAAACAUCUCGAUGCCGGCCGAUUCGACGACCAGGCGGCCGGCGCUGCCACGGAGAACACACUGGCCCGCCUCCUAAACACCGCCCACAUUGGAGGCCUGGUUUCUGAAUUCAUCUUCGCCAACGGGUACAAGUCGGUUCAUUCCGUUGCCCUCACAUCAACUCAAUCAUGGGCUGCAUUGGUUGCCGGCACCAGAAUCUGGGACUUCCUCGCUGGCAAGUUUUGCGCCGAUGGCCCCGCCCUGACCUUUAUCGCCGUCACACCCGAGUACACGGUGGGCGAAUUCAAAGACGCCGAAACCAAGGAUCUGCACGGGCUUGGGGCCGACAACUCCCAGUCGAGCUGGUUUGCCGAGGCAAUGGCGGCGGAGACGGACAUCUAUGUCUCAAUCAGUCAGCUGCAUCACCAGCUCAGCAAAAGGUGCAGACACGGGCCUCAACUGGGCGCUCUGACCGAAGAGCUCGUCAAGUACACCCGGCAGUUGUCAGACGUCAAACGCAUCCACGAGUCGAACCAGUUCAAGUCCAGUCCCCAAUGUCAGCUCUUUGACCCCCCGGCCUACUUUGCUCUUACCCGACUGCGCCAAAUGAUGAACCAGAUCUAUGAGAAGCGAGCCACCAUCAGGGUGCUUCACUUUCAGAAGACACCUUAUCUGGAUCGGCGCAUUCUCGCCGUCAUUCUGCGCUCCUGCCACUAUGUCGAGAUGAUUGGCAUUUACGACUGCCCCCUGAUUCACUUUGGCGAUGUUUUAUGCCUCCUGGAUCUCAUCCACGAGAUCAAUAGCGAAAGGCGAAAGAAGGACCUGCCUCUGAUCAAGGCUUUCGAUUUUUUCCCCAGAUUCCACGGCGGCAUGCCCUACCAAGAUAUCAGGGCCCAGACAUAUGGUCUGACCUGGGGCCCGGACAGCCUCGAAAUUGUCCAGCGCGGCUUCUUCGGCAUCAUUCUGAAGGCUUUCAUGAAGGCCGGAGCCAUGCAAUUGGAUCUUCUCUUCACAAAGGGGCAGGCGUUCUGCGACUUCCUUUACAACGUACCCAACUACACGCUGGCCGUCGUCUCAUUCCUGGACGCUCUUCACCGCUACGUGGACUUGCAGCGCCGCAGAAACCCCACUAAGAAUGAGCUCAAGCAGACGGUUUACGACCUCCUCAAGCCGGUGCGCAUCGGGCUCGAGGAUGUCGAAAACGACUGGCCGCGCUGGUAUACCGGCAUUAUGGGCAAUCACCUUGUUUUCUGCUCUUCGUGCGGAUACAAAAUGCUCCAAGAGUUCUUCACGGCUCUUUCUCGAGUUGGGCGGCCGCUCACCCGAGUGUGUGCUGGUUGUCUGCUCCAGCGCCGAUUGGAUUUGGAGCCCGAUCACCUCAAGGGGGAGAAGAAGCAUGUCCUGGAUUCGCUUUUCCCCAGACACGACGGAUUACGGUUCAACAAAGACGCGUCGCUUGGCCAGGGGGCUCGAGGCCUGAUUAGGCUGGAAUCGACCGUGUCGAAGCGGCCCUCGGCCCCAUUAGUUACCGUCAACGACGAUGGAGAGGAAUACCUGCCGCACUAUCUGGAGCCUCUGCUACGAGACAACAAGAUACACUUUGAUUCUCUGCAGGGCCUUCCUGGCCUGGGAGAGCUGGUCGGAGACGGGGCGUUGGCUAAGAAGAAGUGGACCCAAGCGAUGGACCGGUGCCAUAAGCUGGACAUGUACUCGAGACUGGUCCGGCGUGUUCGGGAGGAGAGCGGUGACCCCAAGGGCAACCGGGGGCCCAACCCGAGUGAAAGAAGAAUCGACGGAGGCAUGCCUGAUCAUGUCGACGAGCGCCAGCCUCCGAGACAGCAGGGAAACUCGGGUCAGCGUUUGAGCCACAGCUUCUCGAGCGUGGUGGGACUCGAAAAAUAUCUCUACGACAAGGGCUGGCUGUGA